CAACACUCUGAGCAAAUCAUAUCCAUCCGUUCUGACUUGUCACGUGCCGUGCGUGCUGACGUACUUCCACUUCCCGAAGGGCCGCUUCAUCUUGCUCGCGAUGUGUGUAGCCUUCUUUAAGUGGAAAAAAUACGGUGUCAAAACGGAAUGUAAACACGACUAAAACAUGAUCUUUCGACAAAGUGGGACCUAAACGCGCUGUCACACUGGGUAGAUGAGGAUAUUCUGCAAAGGUUUCGGUGCAUUGUUGUCUUCGUAUGUCCACUUUCUCCGUAAAUGGUCUCCGGCGAGCUGUGCCUGGCAGCGGACAACGACUUCUUGGCGAAUAAUAUGAAGGAGAUGAUUGGAGGUUGCUGCGUGUGCUCAGACGAGAGAGGCUGGGCAGAAAACCCUCUAGUAUACUGUGACGGUCACGGCUGCAAUGUUGCAGUCCAUCAAGCGUGCUAUGGCAUCGUGCAGGUGCCCACUGGACCCUGGUUCUGCAGGAAGUGUGAAUCUCAGGAGAGAGCAGCCAGAGUGAGGUGUGAGCUGUGCCCCCACAAAGAUGGUGCCCUCAAGAGGACAGAUAACGGAGGUUGGGCCCAUGUGGUGUGUGCCCUUUACAUCCCUGAAGUGCAGUUUGCUAACGUCUCCACCAUGGAACCCAUCGUACUGCAGUCUGUCCCCCACGAUCGCUACAACAAGACGUGUUAUAUCUGUGAAGACCAGGGCAGAGAGAGUAAAGCUGCCACCGGAGCCUGCAUGACCUGCAACAAACAUGGCUGCCGACAAGCCUUCCACGUCACAUGUGCCCAGUUUGCUGGGUUGUUGUGUGAGGAGCAGGGGUCGGACGCAGACAACGUUAAAUACUGUGGCUACUGCAAGUACCAUUACAGCAAACUGAAACACAAAGAGAGGGAGAGACACAAACUCAAACACAAGAAGAUUCUAGAGCUUUCCCCCACCCUCGCUCCAACUCUCAUGGUCACCUCAGACAAGAGCUACAGCAGCGGUGGUGGAGGAGGAGUCUCCUCUUUGCCCACCUCAUCUCAGAAGCGAUUGGAUGACAGUGCCGCGCGUUUCACCACCGCCAACUUCCAGGAAGUGCCUGUGCACUCUGGGAGUGCUAAGGACGCCCCACCCAUGGGGUCAGAGAGCAAACAAGGGUCGGAAGUCAAACAGGGCAAAAAGAGCAUUUGCCAUGGGAUUGGUGUUCAGCGGGGACGCAAGUCCCUCACACCUGGGAAGCCCCUCCCCUCUGCUGUAGUCACUAUGGCAACCUCCUCCACUGCCGCCUCCUCCACUGGAACCUUUCAUCAAGCCCUCCUGCUGUCAAAUAAGACGUCCUCCACCGUGACUCCUCCUACCUCUGACUUCCUGGGCUUCUCUGAUCCGUUGCUGCGCUCUGGAGGCGGGGACUCCUUCUCCCCGCCCUCGUUCAGCCGCUGCCUAGUGAAGCCCAGUGAGCUCACGUCCUCGGAGGGCAUGGCGUCGCUCAGCACCUUCGGUUCGAUGAUGUCGCUUCCUGCCACCGGUGGCGUAGCCGGCGGUAAACUGUACGAGAACUCUCACAGUGAGCCAACGGGGAACGUUGCUGCCUCGGCCGGCUACAAACGCUCCUCAUCAUCCUCCUCUUCCUCUGCUGCCUCCUCCUCCUCUGGGCCAGGGAUGGGGGGAGAAGUAGGAGAAGAAGGAGUGAAGGGGAAGAGAAAGAGAGGAAACUGGAGGAAUCGAUAUGGACCCUGCUUCAAUGCUCCUGACGGCAUGGCUACAGACGGACCUGAGCACCACACAGCACCGCUACCUCUCCCUUCAUCGUCCUCUUCUCUCUCCUCCACUUCAUCCUCCUCUCCUUCCCCCUCCUCUACCAGCGCUCUGCCAGGCCGGCCCGGUGGAGGUGAGAGAGGAGGUCUGCUCUGUGUUGGUGUCAGCAGUGGGAUCCAGAAGUCUCCUUCCUUACUGAAGAACGGCAGUGUGCAGAUUGAUGGAGUCACCUCUACUCCCUCUGGGACCGGUGCAUUCUCCAGUGGUGACGUGUCAUCGGGGGCGGGACCUGUUGCUAUGGGUGGCGCUAACUCUGAGUUGCAGCAGCCGACACCCUCACUAGCCCCUCCCACUCCCCUCACUGCCACAGCCCCCUUGACCAGCACAGCCUCCUCCCAUGUGAGUGGGUUACCAGGUCUAGUGUUCAACAUGGCUCCCUCCCACAUGUUUGGAAACCGACUCAACCCCAACUCUGCCAUGGCUGCUCUCAUCGCACAGUCUGAGGCUUCCCCCACAGAUCAGGAUGUUGGAGAUGGAAACAGUGUUGGAGCUCAGGGCUUCCCCAGACGAGCCUCUCCCAAGACCACCCUCUCUCCACAUUCUCCUCUAGCUGGGCUACAGAUCCGGUAUGACCCAGGGUCAGCGUCAGGGUUAGGGGGGUUAGGUUCAGGUCAGGGAGGCGGGGGGGACACCUCUAUAGAACAGCUGCUGGAGAGACAGUGGAGUGAUGGACAACAGCUCCUACUGCAGCAGGGAGCACAGGGAGAUGUGUUGGGGUUGUUGAAGUCCCUCCACCAGCUGCAGCAGGAGAACAGGCGUCUAGAAGACCAGAUUAAAACUCUGACCAUGAAGAAAGAACGACUGCAGCUCCUGUCAGCUCAGCUGUCUGUGCCUUUCACCCCUUCUGCUGCUGCCCAAGAUGUGAAGGGUGACUCAUCUCUACCUGCUCAGGAUAGCGUGUCGUGUGGCCGCAGUAGUGGUGGCUCUACCUCUUCUCUCUCCACCCCCCCCUCCAUCUCCCACAGCCCCCCCCAGCCGCCUCAGCUCAAUGGGGUUGCCAUGGGAACAAUGCUGCUGGGAGGGGGAGCUGGGCUAGGGAUGGGGGGGAUAGUGGGGGUUCUGAACAGAGUCAUACAGACCACUUCCAGCCCUCACACAUACAGCUACACACAUACCUCCUCACCGGGCCCCAGCACCGCUCUGCCCAUCUCCAGCUCCAUCAACACCAGCUCAGCUACAGCUAAAAGCAGGUUGGGUGCCUUGUCUGAGCAGCAGAGACUCUUACUGCACCAGAACCAACUACAGCAGCUACUGUCUUCACAGCCCUCUGCGGAACAGCAGAAGGUGUUGUUUUACCAGUUGAUGCAGCAACAACAAGACCUCCACCAACUCCAGUCUUUCUCCUCCUCCCAGCUUCCCUCCAUCCCUCUCUCCUCUGCUCAGCUGCCCAUCACCUCCCUUCUUUCCUCCUCCAACGCCCACGGCACCAUCACCGCCAACCCCUUCCUGGCUCUGCACACACACCCCGACACACAGAAGCCCCGGCUGGCUGAGAAAGCUGUUGGAGUCACUGGACAGGAGAAGACCUGACCCACAAAACAUAUCUCUCUCUUCUCUGUAUCCAUCUCUCUAUCCAUCUCUCUCUCUCUUUCUGUUGGUGAUUCUCUCUACUCUCUAUCCAUCUCUCUCUCUCUUUCUGUUGGUGAUUCUCUCUACUCUCUAUCCAUCCAUCUCUCUAUCCAUCCAUCUCUCUAUCCAUCUCUCUCAGGGGUCUCCACCAUCAUGUGAUCAGUGCUGUGUGUUUAACCACACAAGCUCGCCCACAUAGAACUACAAACUCCAAAAAACGAUCAGGACACUAACAUAGCUUACUGACUCACAGCUCAGCUGGAGAGAAGAGGUCUGGGAAGUAUGACUCUCAUUGGACAGUUUUAAGAGAGGGAGGAGUUUGUAACUGCUGUUACCUCUCUAUAUCUGUGUGUAUGGACCAGCAUAAGACAUGACCAGAGACCACUCUAAUGUAAGACUGACUGACUGCUCAGCCAUGGAAGCCUUGCUAUGACUGUCUUUCUGCUGUACCUACCUCACACACACAAACCAGCCGAUUAGUGCCCACAACUCUCAGCAUCGGCCAAUAGGAAUCCACGACAUUCAUGACUGGCCAGUCAGGGUCCAAUCCCCAAGUGCCUAAAGCCGAGGGGGCGGGGUUACUCAUACUCCUCUUCCUGUCUCUCCUGUCAGACAUCCAUUCUCACCAUAUUACUGGCUGUCAAGCUGCGUUGCCCAGGCAACAGGUCACACAACACAUUCUGAGAAGCUGGAAACUGUAUUGUGCUGCUUUCACAAACUACAGAAACAAACUUUAUAAAUGGUCUCUUUUUAUUUAUUUAGAAGUGCCCGCUGUUCUUUCAAGCGUUUGUUUUAUACUAAUGUUUAAAGUUUUUCUCUCUCUUGCUGUACAUUUUUUUGAUGGAAACAAAUAUUUGUUGUGUACUCAGAAAGAUUGAAGUAGUGGUGGUGUAUAUAGCUGCUAUUAUGGGGAGGGGUGUGGAUUCAAUGGCACAGUUUGUACCUCGUUUGUGUAAAUAAAUAUAUAUUUUUCAUUGGCUGUGGGGUGUAAAUAAGUGAUUGUGAUUGGCCCUGCUGGUGUGAAGGGUAGCCAAUUAAACCUCAUUUUGUGUGAAUCUUAUGAGCAGACAAUAGGAGACGGUGACUGAACACAAAGUAUUAAUUUAUUUUUUAUAUGUGCAGCGACAUUGUUUCGUUGUUUUUAUUUCAAACUGUUUAUUUUAUUUUAUACUCGGCACCAUGUUUCCAUCUGUGUUCACUUUUGUUUGGAUCAGUUUUGUACAACUGAAAAAUCAUAAAACAUCCUCAAAUGUUUCUAUUUCAAGUCACCGAAAUAAAGAAGCGUUCUGGAUAAAGAAAGAGACGGACUGUUGGUGAAAAGACGAGGAGGAGGACUUACAGGAAGCCUGUGUCGGGAUGUCGUCAUGGUGUGGUUUGUAGCUAGUGAGAACAUCGUUAAAGCUUGAUUUAACAGCUCUGUUCAAGUGCUUUUUGUAAAAUGCAUUUUAAUGCUUUGGUUGAAUAAAGAACAGAUCUACCUCCCUAAA